UCUUGGCCCCGGGAGAGGAGGGGAGCGCUUGGUUUGACUUGGCUUGGCUUCGUUUCGCUUUUCCCCUCCGGAUUGGGUUGGAAGAUGCUGCCCCGGUUCCCGCUCUCCUGCGGGCUCCUCUUGGUCGCCCUGCUCGCUUUUGCUCACGCAGGCAAAGUUUUCUGGCUGUUCCGCCAGCAUGUCCAGCGGCAGCGCGAAAAACAAGCGAUGAAGGAAGUCCAAAUUCGUUGGCAGCCGCAGAGCCAAUUUAGGCCAGCGAUGCAAAACUGGACCCCUGCUAAGGAAGGGAGCAUCUCUCAACCUCUGAAUCACUUCAACCGACAGGAGAGACGCGUCUUUAACCAGCGCUACUGGGUUAAUGAGCAACUGUGGCAGCGCCCCUCAGGGCCCGUUUUCCUCUACAUCGGAGGCGAAGACAGCCUGUCGGAGUUCUCCGUGGUGGACGGACAUCAUGUAGAUUUGGCUUAUAAGUACAAAGCCAUGGUGGUUUCUUUGGAACAUCGCUUCUACGGGACCAGCCUGAACCCUGAUGGUCUGCAGGAUGAAAAUCUUCAAUUCUUGUCUAGCCAGCAAGCUCUCUCUGAUCUGGCUGCCUUCCACCAUUUUAUCACCGAGAAGUACAACUUGACCGCAAAUCACACCUGGAUUUGCUUUGGAGGCUCAUACCCUGGUUCCUUGGCUGCCUGGUUUAGGCUUAAGUUUCCCCAUCUGGUUUUUGCCGCCAUCGCAUCAUCAGCUCCAGUUAGAGCCCAGAUGGAUUUCCCAGGCUACAACAAGGUUGUCGCUGCAAGUCUGUCGAAUCCAGUGGUCAAAGGUUCCACAGAGUGCCUGCAAAGCGUGAGAGAGGCCUUCGCUUCCGUGGACAGAAUGAUGCGUGCCGGGUGGCUGGCAAAACUCAGCAUAGAUUUCCACUCCUGCAGCCCUUUGCAAGGGGAGAGUGACUGCCAAGUGUUGGUCACCAACCUAGCCGACAUCUUCAUGGGAGCCGUGCAGUACAACUACGAAGCCCUCGAGUGGGGGACCGUGGCCAGUAUCUGCAGCAUCAUGACCAACAGCAGCAUCGGCUCUCCGUAUCGGAGGCUAGUUGUCAGCAAUCUCGUAAUGCUGCACCAUAUGGGAAUGCCGUGUUCGGAGAACUCUCGCGAGGAAAUUGUGGAGGAGUUGCGCAACACCAGUAUUGCGAUGUCCUAUCUGUCUAUGAGACAAUGGUACUUCCAGACCUGCACAGAGUUCGGCUACUACCUGACCUGCGAAGACUCAGACUGCCCCUUCUCUCCCCGAAUGAGCUUGGACUCCCAGUUAGAAUUUUGCCGUCAGGUCUUCAACAUCUCCUAUCGCAACGUCAGCGAAGGCGUCUCCUUCACCAACGACUAUUACGGGGCCAACCAUCCCAAAGCCAGCCGGGUCCUUUUCGUUAACGGUGAUAUUGACCCUUGGCAUCCCCUGAGCGUCCUCAAGGACGAGUCCCCUUCCGAACCGGCCAUUUUAAUCAACGGCACUUCGCAUUGUGCCAACAUGUAUUCGCCUGGACUCGAAGAUCCUUUGUCUCUUAUCCGGGCCAGGCAGAAAAUUACCUCCUGGGUUGGCAAAUGGCUGGAUUUAGCCAAAAUUCACUGAGAUAACCUCCGUACACAAGAAAGAAAGAAGCCGAAGCCAUUUUGUGUAGUUUGUGAUACGAAGCAAAGCUGUUUGGACUUGCCUUCACUUAGAGACUUUCACCAAAUUCCUGCGCCACACAUCGAAACUACCUCUUUUGCCACCGUGGCUUGCUUUUUAAACUUUUUUCCUAUUUUUUUUAAAAAAACCCGCACUGCUUUCCAAAUGCACAUUUUUUUAAAAACGAAGAUUUGAUGAACUCUGUGGAUCUCGGCUGACUUAGCCUGCGGCACGAAGCUCUCGCCGGGCUGGUUUUCGUUUGCGUCGUGUGAAACCCAGCCCGUUGGGACAAAAUGUACAUUUAUAACAAUAAAAAAAAUAAAAUUUGAU